AGUUUUUUAGGGAAAAAAUUGGCAGAUAUAACACGUAUUAGGAAUUUGAAUAUGAUGUUUUUAUAUAUUUGUGUGGCUGAUAAAAUUUCUCUUGCUUGAAAAUAUAGGUACUGUAGCUUCUCUAUUUUGGUAAUGUGUCCAUUGAUCAAACCUUUUUGUUUUGUCUGGUACUUUUCUAGGUUGAUUUUAUGGAAUUAUACACUGAAUCCCUCAAUAUAAUUUUUAAUGGCGUUUUACCCCUGAACUAUUGAAUUUUCCACUUUGAACCCUUGAGACUUAAGUUAUGAAUGUGCUGUUUUAGUCUAUUCUCAGAAUUUCAGCUAUUACCCAAAAAGCUCACAGUUCUCUAAAUGGGAAAAUGAAAAAAUUUAGUUUAGCUAAACUUCAAGAGUAGUUUUAGUUGCUACCUCUUUCUUUUGUUCCUCUUACACAGACCUCAACAUAAUUCAUUAUUUCUUAGAUUCCAAAGGCCUAAUUGAUUUAUUUAAAGAGUUAUUGUUUCCAAUGUUCAAACAGGCUGAAGGACUUCUGGUUGAGAUGAAUUUGACGAGCUGUUAUGAGUUUGUCGACCAAUGUUGUGAACAUAUAUCAAAGAAUGUUUCGGCUAUGGACAAACAGAAGGAAUGCCCUGAAGAAUGCAGAGAAGCAGUGUCGUCUCUGAUGUUUGCAGCUGCACGAUUUGCUGACAUGCCCGAACUGCGCGAGCUUAGAACUCUAUUUUCAGAGAGAUAUGGGAAUUCCCUUGAUUGUUUUAUCAAUAAAGAGUUUUCUGAGAAGAUGAGGUCUUGGCUGCCCUCAAAAGAAUCAAAACUUCAGCUGUUGCAAGAAAUAGCUGCUGAGUCUGGUUUGGACUGGGACUCGAAAGCCCUGGAAAAUAAGCUCUUUAAUGAAUCUGCAUACAACAAGAACUUUGUCAAGGACUCCAAUGAUAAAGUUUUGAGAAAUGAAGACAGACUGCCAAAGAAAAAUAAAUCCCCUGAGCUUCGGAAAAGGCACGAUCAAGUCCCUCCAGUCAAGGACAUUCUAGUUGACACCAUUACCAGAACCGAAAAACCCAAAGAUGAGGAGCUUGUGAAGAAGAAGGUUCAAGCGCACGAAACUGAUGAAAAGCUCCUCGAGCAAAAAAAAUCAAUCCCUGCUCCACCUUACACCAAGCCCGAACCCGAACCCAAAGAAAUCAGGCCCGUUCCAAAAUCAGUUCGGAGGCGUUUUAUGAAGCCCGAAAUGAAGGAAGAGGAUAAUAUCCAACGAUUAAACAGAGAGAAAGCCGAGCAAGGGCAGAGAAUCUUGAGGUUUUUGGACGAUGAUGGCCGGAAAAAGCACAAGGAUGAAGAAGAGAAAAUGAUGGACAGGCUUUUGAGGCACUAUAGCAAGAAAAACGGGCAGUCCUCAGUAGCAGCAGAUGAGAAGGGCAAAUCUGCAAAACCGCACAGGGCAAACAGGGUGGGGUCGCUUCCCGCUGCUCUGCUGGACCACCACCCUCCGGAAGAUUCUAAGAAACACAGCCGGACUUUCUCGUUGGAUAACAACAAUAAUGCACACGUGCAUCCCAAGCUGCCGGACUAUGAUGACUUUGUGGCUAGGCUUGCUGAACUGAGAAAGAACAGAGGAAAUUGAUUGGUGCUUGUGUGAAGGGAAAUUCAAAUUCAUAGUUGAUAUUAUGUAGUAAAGUAAAGGUGAACUCUCUAUGGCUGGUUAUAUAGUUUCUACAGGUUUUAUUGUAAAAACAUUUUAUUCAUAUUCUUUAUGAAUAUUUGCAUUCUUUUAUGUUGGUGAUGGUGAUGCU